AUGUCAAAGAUCUUCAUUUCUACUGUCAAUUGCGGUAAAGCUCAUGAUGCUGAUAUUUAUGGAGUUACUAUUUCCAAUCCAUUCACUGUUACAUGUUCAGGAGAUGGAUUUGUAAAGUUAUGGUUUAAUAACUUACUAGACAACGAAACACCAAAGGAACGUAUGGUUUCUCAAUUUGUGCAUAAGACAGGUGUUCAUCACGUAGAUAUUUUUCAUUCCGUUGAGAGAACUGGGGUGGAGUUUUAUAUUAUCUCUUGUGUAAGCUUCUCAGGUGAAAUUUUUUUCUACUCAGUUAAUACAAAAAACGGUGAAAUGUCAGCAUUAGAACUGCUAACAAAAGAUGAGAUGAAGAAAUCCUUCUGGGCUGUAAAAUGGCUGAAAAGUGAUGAUAAAACUUUAAACCAUAGAUUUGCUGCUACAGAUGUCAAAGGUAACACAUAUAUUUGGAAAUUUCACCCAUUCGAACAGGAAAUAGAUGAUGUUGAAGAAAUGAAAAAAAAACUUGCAAAGGAAAAAGCUGAUAAAAGAAGAACGAAUAAUAGAAACACACCGAAUAAAGAUGAAGAUAAUCAAGCAGAAGAAAUUGAAGAAGAUCAAGGUCCAAUAGCUGUAAAACCUCAUUUAGUUUUACAAGGCGUGAUUGAGCCAAGUGCGCCAAACUUUGCUACCGCUAUUGAUAUGUCAAUUAAAGGUUUAAUAGCAACAGGAUUUUCAUCAGGUUCCGUCGUAAUUGCUCAGCUAACAACUUUGAGACCAAUAUAUACUUUUGAAGGGUUUGGUAUUCAAGGUAUCGAACAGAAUAGCAAUACAGUACGAGCUCUUAAAUUUUCUCCUACAGGAAACUUAUUAGCAGCUGCAAAUGAUUCUGGUUCUUAUGGCUGUGUAAGUUUAUUUGAAACUGAUUAUGGAGAAAGAGUUGGAGAUUUUACUGUGCCUUCCCAUAGCAACCAAGCCAGUAUCGGUUCAUACGCCCACAGCGGUUGGGUAUUUGAUCUUUCAUUCAACCCAACAGGUAACUUUCUAGCCACAUGUGGCUAUGACAGUAAAGUCAGGGUCUGGGAUGUGAAAACAAAAGAACGUGUUUCCACUUUAAACCUUUCUGCUGAUGACAUUGAAAAUGAAGAAGAAAUCCUUCUAGAAGAUGAAUUAGGAGAUUCCCUAAAGAGACCACCUGUGAUGGGUGUCACUUACAUAGACAAAGGUGUAAGAUCAGGACUUGGUAAUGAUACGAAUGAAGGUUUGGCUUGUGUAUGUCUCGAUAGAAGCGUAAGAUGGUUCAGGGAAGCCGGCGGUAGUUGA